AUCUUAUAAUGAUAACGAUUUAUCUUUUUAAGAUUGCAAAAUUUCAAAUCAAGAAAGAUGAUCGGAUUUAUCUUUCGUUUAAUGUGACGACACGUUCAUUCGCGGAAUGAGUGACAAAUGAGAUGCAUUAAGAAAAAAGUAGAAAUUGACGAAAGAAUUUUAAAGAUUAGAACUUUAUAAAUAAGAAGCAAGUGGAAGUAUCACCCGGUGCAGAAAAUGGCUGACUGCGAGAAGGAGGAGGCUCACAAUCUCCAAAUGGAGUUUGAAUGGCUGCUUCAUGAAGAAGUUCAUUCUUCAUUAUCACAACUAAGAAAUAUUUUAAUGGAAUGUGCACAAAAAUUUCCAUUAGCGUUAUUUGGUAAUGAUCAACAUAAUAAAACAGAUAGGUUUGUAUUUGCUGCACCACAUGACCAAGUAAAAUGUAUAGCUGUUUUAACUGGUGACAGUAUCACAAAUGCAGAAGUUAACUUUAAAGUACAACGUCAGCAAAACAUUAACAUGAAGACAAGUAUACAAACUGAACAUCCUUGGAAGUUGCAGCAGAUACAAGAUGCUGCUAAUCAUUUACAGCAAGCUAUUGCUCAUAUAGAUAAUGUUGAUCGUCACUAUCCUUUUAAGACAUCUGAUGAAAUUAUGCAUGUAUUAAGAAACAUACUUGGUUGCCUUCAACGCAGUCGAACAAGUCUAAUUGUUCCUAGAAAAAAGACCAUUGAUGACCUCAUUAAAAGUCGUAAUAUGAAAUCAUUAAAUCCUAAUCUUCCAGAAAAUUUGGCUAUUAGUUUUUAUAUUCAAAGUUAUAAAUUAGUUUUAGCAAUAUAUCAGUUAGAAAAUGCACAUGGUAGUGUAAAGUAUGAAACACAACAAGCAGAAUGCAGUGUUCCAUGGCUAAAUAAUGCUUUAGUAUUGCUUACUAUAGCAUUACAACUUUGUCAACGAUUAAAAGACAAGAUUUGUGUUUUUUCUCAAUAUAAAGAUUUUACAGUUGGUUCACAUGUUCCUUCUACAGUGAGUUGGUAAUAAAAAUAUAUUUGAGUAUUCAAAUAAUCUUUAGUUGAAAAAAUAAUCUUGUACAUCUAUACUACAGUACACCACAUUUAAUGCUCUGGUAGCAUUUUUAGUGAAUUUUGUUUUU